UCCCACUCUAAAAUCAAUUCAAAGUAAACAAUAUUCGAAGUGCUGCCUUUAGGCAAUGUCUUCUUUCUUGGCAGACGAAUUAUUGGAAGAUUUGAACGAUGAGAAUCAAUCAAAUAUACAAAAUGAUUCACUUCAAAAUGACAUCAAGACUGAUGAAGAAGGAUGGGGAGUCAUGCAAGACGAUGAAGGUAUGAUAGACAGCAUAGAGGACGAUCUUGCAGGCUUGGAUGAUGACGAUGAUAACGACAAUACGAAAAAUUCAGUACAAGAUUCUGAGAAUGCAUCUUAUCUUCAAAAUCCAAAUGCAAUUCGACCGGCAGAAGAGAUGCAAGCCGAAGAUGUUGAAAAUGUGAAAAGCGUUUAUGCCAUCUGUCCGCUUAUGCGAUCACAACGGAUGGCCGACACAAUGGCAAAAAUCCGACAAUUUUCCUCUUUGACAAAGCCAGACGUUGAAGGAGUUUUGGAAGAUUCGCCAGAAUAUAAAUUGAUCGUCCAUGCAAACAAUUUGGCGGUUGAAGUGGAUAACGAGUUACUGAUUGCCCACAAGUUUAUUCGACAAAAUUACAAACCUCGAUUUCCCGAGCUGGAAAGUCUGAUUACAAAUCCUAGAGAAUUUGUUCAAGCUAUUCGUGCGAUUGGAAAUCAUGACAAUAUUGCAAAUGCGAAAUUGAACGGAAUAUUACCACAUGGAACGGUUGUGGUAAUCAGCAUGCAAGCUUCAACGACAAAAGGAAGAAGGCUGGAUGCAGAAGCAUGGAAGAAUGUCGAACAAGCGUGCGAUUUGGUAUCGGAUCUGGAUAAAACACGCACUUUGAUCUUGGAUUACGUUCAAUCACGAAUGAAUAUUAUUGCUCCAAACCUAUCCAAGGUUGUUGGAAGUCAGGUAGCAACCAAACUUCUCGGUAUCGCUGGCGGCUUAACGUCUUUGAUAAAAAUUCCAGCUUGCAAUCUUAUGCUCUUAGGUUCGAUGGGCAAACAAGCUUCUGGCCUUUCAUCGACAUUUUCCGGUAGACGAAAUGGUUUCAUCCUUCAAUCACCUCUCAUUCAAGCGAUUCCUCAAGAGUAUCAUCGACAAGCCCUUAGAAUCGUUUCCGCAAAAGCCUUAUUGGCCGCUCGUGUUGAUGCAGGAAGGUCAGACUUGCAUGGUUCGUAUGGAACUCGAUUGAUGAUCGAAUUGGAGAAAAAGUUGGAAAAGUUGCAAGAGCCACCGCCUGCCAAAAUGAUUAAAGCUUUGCCUGUUCCGAAAGAAGGAGGCAAGAAAGCACGACGGGGAGGACGAAAAGCACGUAAAUUCAAAGAAAGGAAUGGCAUGUCUGAAGUCCGAAAAGCACAAAAUCGUGUUCAAUUUGGCGAGGCAGAGGAAGAGACUGGCGCUUUUGACGAAAGUGAGGGAAUGGGAAUGCUGAACUCCAAAGGCGAUGGUCAAGUACGUGCACAGGUUGCCAAUAAGAAUACGGAAGCAAGAAUGUCAAAGCGCAAUAUUGAACGCAUUCGAGCUCUUCGACAAAGUGCAAAUAGUUCAAAUCGAAAUGACGAUACGUCUGGAACGGCCACCACUUUGACCUUCACUCCUGUCCAAGGCAUAGAGUUAAGUGAUCCGUCCAGACAAAAGAAAGUUGAAGAAGCAAAUGCGAAAUGGUUCAAAGAGGGCAGCUUUAGCCUUGCUAGAUAUUGUUGA